ACCCUUGUGAAAAUAACACUCAUUUUCCGAGAAAAUGCAAGAAAAUGGUAACAUCUGCUGAGAAAAUAGGUUAAAGCUUUUCACCCUUUGCUAACAACAUAAAAGCAAUGCGAAGAUUCUCUUCCAAAUCAUUCUCUCUUAUCCCCAAACACCGUUUUCUUUCACUUUCCUCCUAUCCAAACACCCACCACUUCAUUCCCAGCAACAACGACGACGGCUUCUCGACCAGUUCCAAACCCCGGUUCGGUUUAGUUACCCUUAGAACCCCACAACCCGAAUUUGAACCCGAAAACGACCGACGUGUCGACGACUUUGCUUCCGAUGUCGAAAAGAUUUACAGAAUCCUCCGAAAGUUCCACACUCGGGCCCCAAAGUUGAACCUCGCUUUACAACAGUCCGGCGUCGUUUUUCGCCACGGUUUAACCGAACGCGUAUUGAACCGGUGUGGCGACGCCGGUAAUUUGGGUUACAAGUUCUUCACUUGGGCAUCGAAACAACCUGGGUAUCACCCAAGCUAUGAAAUUUACAAAGCGAUGAUUAAGAUUUUAGGCAAGAUGAGACAAUUCGGUGCCGUUUGGGCAUUACUUGAAGAAAUCAGAAAUGAAAAUCCCCAUUUCAUUACGGCUGAAUUGUUUGUUGUUUUGAUAAGAAGGUUUGCUUCUUCACGGAUGGUUAAAAAAGCCAUUGAAGUGUUCGAUGAAAUGCCUAAGUACGGUUGUCCACAAGACGAGGCCGUGUUUGGGGCAUUGUUAGAUGCUUUAUGUAAAAAUGGGGAUGUAAAAGAAGCAGCUUUAGUUUUUGAGGAAAUGAAGGUGAGGUUUAAGCCGAAUUUAAAAAUUUUCACUUCUUUGUUAUAUGGUUGGUGUAAAGAAGGGAAGAUUUUGGAAGCUAAACAUGUGUUGAUUCAAAUGAAAGAAGCUGGUUUCGAGCCGGAUAUUGUGGUUUAUAACAAUUUGUUGAGUGGGUAUGUUUUAGGAAACAAAAUGGGGGAUGCUUUUGAUCUGUUGAAAGAAAUGAGGAGCAAAGGGAUUGACCCCAAUGCAUGUUCAUAUACCAUUGUGAUUCAGGGACUUUGUAAGGCUGAUAGAAUGGUGGAAGCAAUGAGGGUUUUUGAUGAAAUGGAGAAAAAUGGUUGUCAAGGUGAUGUUUUGGCUUAUACUACUUUGAUAAGUGGGUUUUGUAAGUGGGGGAAGCUUGAGAGAGCUUAUGAGCUUUUGGAUAGGAUGAAAACAGAAGGGCUUGUACCAAAUUCGUUGACUUAUUUGCAUAUUAUGGUGGCUCAUGAGAAGAAGGAAGAGUUAGAAAAGUGUUUGGAGUUGAUAGAGGAGAUGAGGAAGAUUGGUUGUGUUCCAGAUGCUGGUAUUUAUAAUGUGGUUAUUCGAUUAGCUUGUAAGUUAGAGGAAGUUAAAGAAGCUGCUCGGGUUUGGGAUGAGAUGGAAAGAAGUGGAUUUAGUCCUGGAGUUGAUAGUUUCAUUGUUAUGAUCCAUGGUUUUAUUGCACAAGGAUGUUUGGUUGAGGCCUGUGAGCUUUUUAAAGAAAUGGUUGGAAGAGGUCUGUUUUGUGUUCCUCAAUAUGGGGUUUUGAAGGAUUUGUUGAAUUCUUUGUUAAGGGCUGAGAAGCUUGAAAUGGCUAAGGAUUUAUGGAGUUGUAUCGUUAGUAAAGGAUGUGAACUUAAUGUGUCUGCAUGGACAAUAUGGAUUCAUGCCCUUUUCUCGGAAGGGCUGGUGAAGGAAGCCUGUUCGUAUUGUAUGGAAAUGAUGGAUGCAGAUUUAAUGCCACAGCCUGAUACUUUUGCAAAGCUCAUGAAGGGUUUGAGGAAACUGUAUAACAGGCAGAUCGCAGCUGAGAUAACAGAAAAGGUGAGGAAGAUGGCUGCAGACAGAGAGAUCACUUUUAAGAUGUAUAAACGGCGAGGGGAGAGAGACUUGAAAGAAAAAAUAAAGGAAAAGACAGAUGGUAGAAAGAGAAGGGCUCGUCGACGGCGAUGGGGUCCAGCCCGUAGUAGAUCUGGCAUUUAAUAACUUCAUCACAAGGUGGUCAUGUGCCAAGUAAUGAACCUAAUAACAGAAUUACUGAUCAGAUUGCUUUGGUAUUGAGUAGAGAAAUUGGGGAGCCUCUAUAUUCUUUAGAACCAGUCAGCUUGUUCUGCAGGUAGUCAGAACUAGAAAGAAGUCCAUGGCCACUGCUUUUCGAUGCCAAGCAUCAUUUUUCUUGCACAUUAUCACUCCUUUUUAGGUGUUCCUUGUAUUUAUUAUAUCUGGCUUUCCUUCCUAAAAAUACUUUUUUCAUUCAUGACUUGGCUGGUCUGCAAUUUAUUUCUAAUCAGGCCUAGAAUCCUUGGUUGAUAUGGUUGCCUAUUUGGAGCAUCUGAAAUGCUUUGACUUUUGGUUGCCAUACAACAACAUUGUUGGUAGUAACUGUUUGUGAGGAAAAUGAUACAUUUCUGAUCAUUAACUUUAUAGUUCAACACAAGUAUUCAUUAAACAUAUCAAAAUUCUCUAACUCCUGCAUAACAGGUGUAUAUAUACAACAGGUUUGUGCUUCACUCUAUGGAGAUAUCAUUAAUGUUCAUGGCAAUGAUCUGUCUCGUCAAAGAUCUCCUCCUGCAUGUGCAAAAAUAAAAUAAAAAAGUUAAUUGAGAUAUCCAUUCAUGAAAACAAAAGAAGAAAUCAUUUACUUGCAAAAGCUCUUCAAUGACAUCUUCCAGUGUUAUAAUGCCAGUAGCUUCCCCUUCUCCAGUGGUCGCUGGGAGCGAAUCAUUGUUGAAUUGCAGUAUCUCCGAGUGGAAGUUCCUUCCCCAUUUCUUGAUUUUGGACGACACUCUCCCUGAAUUUCCUUCUAAGCCUUUCCAUAUCUUGACUGAUCUCUUGCUCGGUAAGCAUUUUCCCUUUUGAUGCUUUUUACCAUUGAUGUCCACCUUCACCUCUUUGUUUGGCCGUUCACUGGUUGCAUGCUCUGUUUUGUUGUUCUGCCUUACAACAACGCCCAUAUGAUUGUGACCUUUUUGAAACUCAUUUAGUAUGUCAUAUAAAGGCAUUGACUCAGGAACCCUGGAACACAAACAAACAACACACAUAUUAAACCAAAUCUUAGUAGAUAAUAACAAUCUGUAUAUGUUACUUUAAUUUGGGUGAGCGUCAAAUACGAGCAUGUUAAACUUUUCCCAAGUAUUCCGUACCCAUAUUCGAAUAUGUUGUGUACUUGGUACAAGUAAAACUACCUUGAAAUCCUGCGAAUGGUGAUGUUUUUAACAGGCACCUCAGAUGCUGGAUGGAUGGUUAAUAAGUUCUUCACCUAAUAUGAAAAACUAGAAUAUUAGUGGCCCUAUCAAACAAAAAUUGCAAAAACAUUUUCAAUGGUCUAAUUGUGAUUUUAGUCUCUUUGUUAUGCUGAAAUUUGGAACUUGACAUAAUGUCAUAGUAGAUCCAACUUGAUAGCACUAUUAGUUGCUACAGACCAAAAUAACUAUUAUCCCAAUUUUUAUUGGACUGACAUUAAGAGAAUUACCAAAAUAAGCCCAAUUAUGUUCUCUAUUCUCUCGUGGUAAACAGGUACCCUGCUAUGCCCUUUCUCCAGGAUCAACUUCAUCAAAUCUCUGCAUGUUUUUGUAUUGCAUAUACUGGUUAAAUUUCAUCCAUGGUAAAUGUAACUUAUAAUGUUGUUUACCACAUCUCUUCUUGCCUGUUUAACUUGGCAUUAAUAUUAAUUGCAAAAGUUUCUGAUAUAGGUGUCAUUGCAUCCAUUGCUGUUUUCUUACUUAGCUCAAGUGCACCUGCUAUGAUUGUUGUCUCAUCACGUGUCAAUUCUCCACCUUUGCCAGCCUACACAAAAAGAUUAGAUUGUUUUUACUUUGCAUUGCUGCUAUUGAUUUGUUAGAUUUGUAGUUGAAAAGGGACAUUAUCAUACCUCGUUGCCGUGCAAAUCGACAAGUGUCUUCAACUCAGCACGGCGGAAAAGAGCCUCGUGUCCUUCUCCAAGGAGAAGGUCUAAUAGCUAAUGAAACAAACACAGAGCAGAGAUAAGAGGUUCAGCUGAGAUAUAGUGAAAUUGAUUCAGUUUUCAGUUUUCACCUUGCUUAUUGGAUAUGCAACUGGGAAACAAAUCCAAAUGAGGACUCGAACAAAUGGAGCAACUUUUGCACCAAUCGCCAAUCCAUACCGUGUACAAACCGCUUGCGGAGCGAUCUGAAUCGUAAAGAAAGAGAGCAAGACGAGCUUAAAACAUGUGACCAAGAACAUGAAAUGGAGCUUACAGCUUAGUAACUUACCUCACCAAACAUAAGUAUGAGGGUGACUGAAAUAAGGAUUGCACCCCAAGCUGACACCAAGCUGUCUAGAAAAAUUGGAAGGGCCUAUAAAAUCAUGUAACCUCACAAGUUAGAAGCUCUCAACUGUCGACAAAAUACCUUAAAAAGUUGUCAAACGGUUUCAUAUUUCGCACCUCCAUAGCUGCAGCAUUGCAGAUGAGCAAAGUGCAGAGGAGCAAAUGUUGUCUCCUAACAACUGGAAGUAUCUUUGCUGUAAUGAAUCAAUGAAAAACACUGUAAAUGGAACUCAUUUGAAGAAGCAAGUUAGAGGGUGUCAUGGGAACAUUACAUACCGGCAUGUUUGCUAUUGGUCAGUGUUCCAGAUUCAGCGAGCACUUCGAGAUCAACGAGGCUUAAAGACAUGAGCCCCAUUGUAAGACCAGACAUCAAUCCGGCAAACAAAACGAGACCAGCAACGAUAGUGAUCCUAAUGAAGAGCCCUGUUUCGCAGCAAUGAUACUCAACUUCCAUUGUUGCUCUAUUUGUUUAUCUUAUGAGGUUUGUUUUAUGUACUGUGAGCUUUGCAUUAAUGGUUCAUGAACAUUUUAACUUAUAUUAUACAGAAUAAAAGUAGGAUUCUGACCCUUCUUUUUUUUUUA